AUGGCUCUUGCCGCACUCGGCAGCCUAGGCCUGCUGGUGAUUGGCUCCAUACCAACAGUCAUUGGAGUUGCAGAGGCAAUCGACGCGCAAAAGAAGCAAAACGCGCAAGCAAAAGAACGGAUCAAGUUCCAUUUGACGGUGAAGCUAUCCCCGGGUCCAGAUUUACCGUUACAAGAAGGGACCGUGGUGCUCAAGGAUGGCAAGGUGUAUCUAGAUCACCCGGCUCAUCCAGUUUCAGGCUACAAAUUCAACGGCUUCUAUUUUGGUUACCCCGGGCCGGAGAAUCAUCAAGGCAUGGUUUCAAUGGCCUCGGAUGACCCGCCUGCACUUCACUGGAUCUAUGUCGACAAGGACACAGGAGAACUACGUCAUGGGUCCCGCGGUGCGACUGCAGGGCACGUUAUUGGACCCUGGAAUUGGUCCGAAGACGAGGAGUUUGUGGUGCUGGAGAACUCCCCUUACUUCUUCGCGGUGGAAGAGGAUGACGGGGCCUGGAGCUUAUAUCACGACCAGAGCAAAAAACUAGUUGAGAAAUUGGCCCCUCGAAAAGUAGCCGUAAUCCUUCUACAUAGAGAACUUCAGCUCGGCGUUAGUAGUCGAAUGGUGGGCGGUAAAGAAAAGUAA